AUGGAUCGUUUAGAGGAUGUUGGCAUGCUAGAUGGUAAAGGAGCUCCUACACCUAUGACAUCAACUACCAUUUUGACAGCUUCAGUGAAUGAUCCUCCAGCUGAUGGUACUCUUUAUAGGCGGGUAAUUGGAAAGUUGCACUACUUAUCCUUUACGCGUCCUGACAUUUCCUUCACAGUUAGCAAGCUCUCUCAAUUUAUGCAAAAUCCACCCACUCUUACUGGAAAGCAAUCAAGCGAUUACUUCGUUAUCUUCGUCACACCUGCCAAUACGGCAUAUAGAUUGUCAAAGCUCCAUAUUCUCGUUUGGUUGUUUAUUCAUAUUCAGAUUGGGCUAAUGAUCAAAAUGAUUUCACUUCUACCUCUGGCUAUAUCACUUUCCCAGUCAACACACCAAUUUCAUGGGCCUUCAAGAAACAACACUCAAUAUCUUGAUCCUCUAUAG